GGGGUCAUCACCAUCAUCAUUUUCAUACUCUCCUUUGUCAACAUUGGUUGUCAUGUGUUCAGCCACCAGGGUUUAGCGUGUACAUUUGGGCGUCAUGUUCUGUUUCGAACUCUCAUUUUCCAUUGUUACAUUUUCAUACCCAAACAAGGAUCCGCCUUCGACGCUGUGUUAUUGUUACUUUUGUCUUCAAAAUACCCCCUAUAGACUGCACGAAAUAAGUUUGAGAGAGAGGCGAGCGAGACUGCUUCACAGCGCGAAAAAAUCCAUCUCCUUUGUCAUGUCUACUUCGGUCAGAGAAAACCGGGCCUCCCGGUUUGGAAAUAUGUUUGGGGUUCACAUCCUAUGUCGUACGGGGAUCUUUCCUCCUGUUAUAUCUGUACAAUUCACUGAAGAUUCGGGGUAUGAAUCUGGCUGUAUGGGCGGGUGGGGUUUGUUCCUUUUCUCUGGGGAAACGCCACACCCAUUGUGGUGUGACGUAUGGUUCUGGUUUUUAUUUGGUUCAAUCUGGACCGUGGGCUGGCGGUCGAUCUCUACGGGAAAUUUUUCUGCUCUGCGAGCAAAAGAGAUAUAUUGUUAUUGGACGGGGCAGGGUUCGGGCUUGCUUGGUUGUAUUUAGAAGAGAUGGGGGUAGGAUUCAGAUCGUAUCAGAUCAACAAAUAAUGGCUCUUUGGCAUGACGCCUUCUUCCAUUCAGCAGCGUUUACUUUCCUCCCA